AUGGACUCUAUGAAGUCCUUCAAGGGCUAUGGCAAAGUGGACGAGCUCGAGGAACAAGCCUUCCGGCGGAAGGCACGCAAGCGUGUCAUCAUCCUCACUGUCUCCACAAUUGUUCUGUUGGCGGUGAUCAUCGGCGCCGUCGCCGGAGUAUUGAUACACAAGCGGAGCAACUCGUCGUCUCCCACUCCCAACUCGGCCCCCACGACUGAGUUGACUCCGUCCGCUUCACUCAAGGCCGUUUGCGACGUGACCCAGUACCCGAAUUCGUGUUUCUCGAGCAUCUCUUCGCUCGAGACCUCGAACACCACCGACCCAGAAGUGAUUUUCAAGCUCUCUCUGCACGUCGCCAUUAACGCGGCCUCGAAGCUUGCUGGGUUGCCUUCCAAAUUCAGACGGCAAGCUGCUAAUGACACCCGUCUGAAUGGAACUCUGAGCGUCUGCGAGAGCCUAUUUGAAGAUGUAGUUGACCGGCUCAACGACUCGCUGUCCUCCAUGGAUGUGAACAAGGGCGAGAAGCUACUGUCCGCUGCCAAAAUCGACGACCUCAAGACCUGGCUCAGCACUACCUUGACUGACCAAGAGACUUGUUUGGACUCUCUGCAAGAUCUCAACUCAACCCUUGUUCAGGAAUUCAAGGUCGCGAUGCAGAAUUCGACUGAAUUCUCCAGCAACAGCUUGGCCAUUGUGGCUAAAAUUCUGGGUCUGCUGACGAAUUUGAACAUUCCCGUGCACAGGAGGUUGCUCGGUGUUGGAGGAUCCGAGAUGGGUUUUCCGGGUUGGGUUGGCCCUGGAGAUAGGAGGCUGCUGGAGGACAACAACGUGACUGCUGCGCAAGUGAUUGUGGCCAAGGAUGGGACUGGGCUCUUCAAGACGAUUAAAGAGGCUGUGGAGGCUGUGCCCAAGAAGAGCACAACCAGGUUUGUGAUUCAUGUGAAGCAAGGGGUUUAUAAUGAGAAUGUGUUGAUGGACAAGAGCAAGUGGAAUGUGAUGAUGGUUGGAGAUGGCAAGGAUAAGACCAUUGUUAAUGGCAGCUUGAACUUUGUGGAUGGCACCCCCACCUUCUCCACAGCCACUUUUGCCGUAGCAGGAAAAGGCUUCAUUGCAAAAGACAUGGGAUUCAUCAACUCUGCAGGACCAGCAAAGCACCAAGCAGUAGCAUUCCGCUCUGGCUCCGACCUCUCGGUAUACUACAAAUGCUCCUUUUCUGGUUACCAAGACACCCUCUAUGCACAUUCCAAUCGACAAUUCUAUCGCGAAUGCGACAUCAUUGGCACCAUAGACUUCAUUUUUGGCAAUGCUGCUGUGGUAUUCCAGAACUGUAACAUUAUGCCGAGGCAGCCUAUGUCAAACCAGUUCAACACCAUCACAGCUCAAGGCAAAAAGGACCCAAAUCAGAACACUGGCAUGUCAAUCCAAAAGUGCAAAAUCUCUGCUCUAGAUGCUGCUAAUCUCACGGCUCCAACAUAUCUGGGUAGGCCUUGGAAAGAGUUUUCCACCACAGUCUUCAUGCAGUCUGAUAUUGGGUCAUUCUUGAACCCAAAGGGCUGGAUAGAAUGGGUUUCCAAUGUUGAGCCGCCCAACACUAUAUAUUAUGCAGAGUACCAAAACAGUGGGCCUGGAUCAAGUGUGGAUCAAAGGGUGAAAUGGGCUGGUUAUAAGCCUUCUCUGACAGAUGUGGACGCAGCCAAGUUCACAGUGGAGUCAUUGAUCCAAGGCGGUGAUUGGUUGCCAGCAGCUAAUGUGGAUUUUGACUCAUCCUUGUGA